UCGCACCAGGAACUCAUGCUAAAAAUGCAAUUAGCUGCGUGUCGAAUGCUGCCAUUGGUUUUUAGGGAUGUUUGAUCAAUUGGCAACAAAGCUUUUUGUCUAUAGAUGGUGUCGUGUCUUUGUCUUCACUCAAUAUUCUAAGGCAAUAUAUUUGUAAUUAUCUGUAUAUGGUCUCUGAUAUUUUGUCUCCGAGGAUCAGUAUGACGUCAGUGAACGAGGUGUCGAAUGAAAUCCUAAUUAGCAUUUCAGAGUGUAUAAAAGCCAGUCAACUAAGCUUGAUACAGCUUGCCUGGUUCAGGAUUCGUCAUUCUGAAGCAAAUUCUGAUAAAAUCCGGAUUUAAUUGGAAACGCAGGAAGUAAAAAGAUCUCAAACUGAAGCUGUGAUGAACGUCUCUAAAAUAAUGCAGACCAGUUCGAUGGGUGCAACUUGCUUUCCAGAGGACACUGGCCCGUGUGCCAAAGCCCCUCAGGUUGCAAGGAUCAAAGUUCAGCUGGAAACAUACAGGCUUUGGCAACAGUUUGACCAGCUUGGCACAGAGAUGAUAGUUACAAAAGCUGGAAGAAGGAUGUUUCCUACGUUCCAAGUUCACAUCACAGACAUGGACCCUGCAGCAGAGUACGUCCUCCUCAUGGACUUCAUUCCGGUGGAUGAUAAGAGAUACAGGUACGCCUUCCAUAGCUCUUCAUGGAUCACGGCGGGUCGUGCUGAUGUCGCGAUCCCAGGAAGAGUGCAUUUUCACCCAGAUUCGCCAGCACGUGGGGCCCAGUGGAUGAAACAAACUGUCUCGUUUGACCGCCUCAAACUUACCAACAACCUUCUUGAUGAUAACGGCCAUAUCAUCUUGAACUCCAUGCACCGGUAUCAGCCACGACUUCAUGUAGUGCUCGUUGACCAAAGUAGAGACUGUCAGCGGUCGGCUCAUCGCAACUUCUGUACUUUCUCCUUCCCAGAAACCCGAUUCAUUGCAGUCACCGCCUACCAAAACCACAGGAUCACACAGCUGAAGAUAGCCAGCAAUCCUUUUGCUAAAGGCUUCCGCACUACAGAUGCUAAUAACUGGUCAGCAGAUGGGACCAAGUCUCACCUCUCUCAUUCCCUCUUGCCCUUGCACCCUCAAGAAAACUCACCACACCUUGGCAUGACAACAGACAAGCAACAUGUAUACCAGGGAGCGGCCAGUACCACUGAGAGUAAGAGGAGGGGGAGACAUGCUCAUGUCCACACUGCUCCUAUUGUCCCUUUGUUUCACUGUCAGUGGGACACUCUUCAGCCAGCAGAAAGAAGUCACCUUGACUGAAGAAAAGUCAACGUGUUAAACGUUAAAUAUACGUUUUACUGUUUUCUUGUAAAGCCGUCUUAUAAUCUAAUACUAGUGCAUGAUCAGAAGUGUUUUGUUUGCCUGUUUAACUCUAUAGACCACUGAUUUUAUAAAUGUCUCUCACAAUAAAUUGC